CCAGAGUGAGAGGGAGACGUGGCCUGGGAUGAGAUGGACAAAACCAGGAUGGGAGUUAAUGAACUAGCUCUUUGGAAAAUGCCCUGCUUUCUCAAACAGAGCUGUUCUCUUUGCAGGAGCGUUUCUUGAACUGCAGAUUGCACUUUUGGUUCUUGUCCUUUCCCUGCUGUCGUGCCAGGCCCUCGCUCCUGCAGGAGGGAAGCUGCUCCAGCUCCAGCCCUCCCAACUGUCCGUUCUCUCUCCAGCACCACAGGCCGCUGAGGCAUGCCUGCCUCCAAGGCUCCUCGUCCCGAGAGCGUCCAAAGGUAAUCUGCAUCCCCUAGAGCCCCUGCCCGUUCCCUAAGACAGAGGGGACUUAGCUUAUUACUAAUAGUUCUUGGCUCUCUGCUCCGUGAAGGAGCUUAGGCCCCCUGGUUUGUCUUGCUUUCUGAUCUGUAAUGCCACAAGCUCCAGAACUGACGUGCUGCUAGGGAAAAGCUCCAGGUCGCUGGUUGAAUGGUACCUGAACUGGGCCAACCACACAUGGCGGGGACCAAGGAGAAGAGGAAGCCUCCCAGAUUUCUGAGGAAGCAGAAGGUGGAGGAGAAAACACAAGGCACUUUGCUUUGCUUUUCUGCUUCUGGCAGAAGUUUUAUUCUAGUGCCAGCAUUGCUUAGGAAGAGUAUCGUCUUACAUCUUCAGUCCAGAUCACGUGGACAUCACAGUAGUGCUGAGACCUCAGAUAUUGGUUUUUUUUAAUUCCUCACUAUGAAAGUCUUUCUUAAACACUGCAAAAUUCAGUCUAGUACUUUCCAUGCUGCUGACAUACAGGUUUUGUUCCAGCCUGUAUCUGAGUUUGGGCCAAAUCCGGUGUAUGCCAUUGAUGCCGUUGUUGGCCUGUUGAUCACUAGGUAUGUGAUGACUGGGAGGACUGUCCCUUGGAGGAAAUGGAUCGCAGAGAUAGAAACGGUAUCUCAGCUGAGGACCCGCCUGGCACUUCCUCCUCCAGCCAAACAAACAGUUGCAGGAAUUUCUGUGGAAAGUCUGUACAACUACAGCAAAUUGUUUUGUGCUUUUGUGAUAUGACACAGCUGAAAAGCAAGGCAUCUUUCCAUCUUUCUAGGAGUUUUCAGUAUAUCUCUCCUGUGGCCUCCUCACAUGAUUGAAGAAGCACUAGUCCAAUAUUCAGCCUCACAGUUGUUCAGUAUUGGACUUCCAGUUCUGUGCUGCUCUUUGCAGUCAGGAGAAAGUUACAGAAAACAGCAUUUCUGUCACCAUACUUACUGGGAAAGAUAGGUAGGUUUGACGUAAUUAGAUAACCAGAUACCCUUCUGCCUCCUUAAUUCCCAGGGUGGGAGCAUGUGUCUGUUGCACUGUGGUACAUCUGCAACUUCAUGUAACCAUCCAAGGCUCUUUUCCUGAAAAGCGAAAAGAAGUUAGAAACUUUGGUUUGGUUGCUGAAAAAAGAUUAAUCUCUAAAGAGGACCUGCUCUGAUGGCAGCUUCUAAUAUUGUAGCUAAAUGAUCAGAGCAGGCGGUGCUGUCAGACAGAUGCAUGCGCUCAGAAUUGGUCCAAAUUUGCCUCUCUCGGGCUCCAGCUUUUAUUGUGCUCGGAGGGAUGGCACUCUGGACAAACCAAAAGGGGUAGUCUGGUCCCCAGGGCUCUCCCUGGCUGCUCAAGGGCAGCUGGGUCGUCUUGGGCUUGUGAGAGGGGCUUGAAGGCAAUAGCCAUUUCCAGACUCAUUUUAACAAGAAAACUAAAAACAUUUGAGAUGUAAGCAGGUCCCCUCAUCAAGUCAUCCUCUCUGCCAGCCUGAAGAUCAUUUUAGUAAAAUGUCAGAAAGUCUGGACUCCCUUCUCCUCUCUGUCGGUGGUGUGGAUCAGAGCGUUGCGUGUUGUCAGGCCCUGCUGCUCUGUCUGAUUUUAUACGGAGCCUCUGUGCUGCUGCUCAUCUCCUCACCUCCCCUGGAGACCUCUCACGGGAAACCUCUGCGGGAGCAUGAGCAUCUUUAAAAGAGCACUCCCAAGAGGUGUUUUUAUAAAACAUUUUCUUCUGAAAAGCAGAGAUCUGGGAACCAUCCUGGAAGCCAGAAGUGGCAAGAAACACAGGGAAAAAAUUGUAUCUUCAAGACACCUAGUAGCGGGUGUCUAUCCUCUCCCUGUCCCAGGGGGCUGUUACACAGCUGGUGUUUUCACAAAGUGUGUAUAUCCUUUCCAAAAGCACCACCUCUGUAUUUCAUACUCCACUUCUUGCAGGAGCAAAUCGCUUCCCAUUGCAUGCUGUGCAGCCUGCUCUGUCCUCAGCACCAUCCAUGAAAUGCCGCUUGGUGUUUGCAGAGCGCCUCGGGUUGCUCUGUCCCCACCCGGAUCGCGCUCUGCCAGGCGCGCCUGCCCUGAGGCUUCUGGGAAGUCUCUUGCUCUUCCAGAGAGCAAAGCAGAUGUGCAUUGGCCAAGGGAGUUCACAGGCUUGGGAUGCAAACGCCCAGGGAUUCUCCACAGAAGUCCCUGAACUUGAUUUUGAUCAGGGACUUUCAGCUGAUUUCAUCUGCCAUGCCUGCUCUGCAGACCCAGGCUCAGUAUUAAAAGUGCCUGGAGGAGAAGGCCGGCGUUCCCCAUCACGCUCCGGGAUGUCAAAGGCCGGAGUGUGGUCAGUGCGCUGGUCAUGGGCCAGGCAGUUGCACUUCUGGGCCAAAGCAAUUGAAUUACACAGUUCCUCUCCCUUGCCUCCUUCCGCUUUCACUGCUCCUCACUGGGUUGCCGAUGACAGAGCAGGGAUGUUGGACGUUAAGGUUCAUCCAGAGGUCAGUGUUUCCCUGGACAGAGACUUCAUGGUUUUACAUCUGUACAGAUGCGAUAUCCUCAGAUUGCCUCUGAAAACAAUCAAGGUUUGUUCUCUAAUAGCUGCCUUUGGCCCAGGCUGUUAACAGACCCCCACUGACCUAGCGAGGCUGAUCAGAUCCACGGUCUUUAGCAGAGCAUGCAGAGGUUGGGUUUAAAACAUUGUCACGGAUGCCCUGGCCUUGAGAGGGGAACCUGAAUGUGUAUCUGAGCCAAAAACGUCGUGGCUAGCUGUCAGCAGGGCAGGGUGCAGAACCAGGCUGCUUCAUCUUCCGUGAGGGUCGGCAGGGUUUCUGCCAGACCCUUCCAGGAAUAAAGCGACAUUCAAACCUGUGGAAACAACUGCAAAAUAUGUUCUGGAGCAACCUGUGCAGCAGUCCAGAGGUGCUCCUUUGGAAGGAAAGGAAAUCGGACACGUGAAGCCAAAGAAAACAGAGUCUGUUUUGCAGGAUGCCCCGUGAACUUUCCUGCGAGCUGGCCGGACUCGGCGGCAGCCGCGCGUCCCCGGGGCGCGUGUCACCGCUAGAUGGCACAGGGACCUGGAGAAUGUGGCAGCAAAAAACGCUCCGUUUCGGCGGCGUGCAGCUCUGGGAGCCCAGAUACCACCUGGAGCUGCCCUUGGAAAAGCCCCGUCUUGUUGCAGCCCCCACGAUGAGUAGGUGACACAGCACCCAUCUCCAGGCCUGGAGGGGACACUGGGACUAAAAGCAGCAGUGGCGACACACCGAACCCCUGCGGAGGAGGAGUGGGAAGGCGGCUGCACCACCUGCUCACCCGCCGGCUGCGAACCGGGGAACGGCUCAUGGGAACUGGGAACGUCUGGGACGAGGGUCGGUCAGAGCAUGGUCCCACCUUUGUUUGCUCCUGCCUGGGCUCGGGUGCCGUGCUGCUGCCUGCGGAGGCCAGGGGACACGUUCAUCCGCUCCGACCCGCGGAGAAGUUUCUGCUUCAGGCAAGGGCACGAGUCUCUGCUGUAAGAGAUACCUGCGUGAUCUCAGGGACCUGGAAACCGGUCGGGAGGGUUUGAGGCUCCGCUGCCCUGCUGCGCGGGUGAGUCAUCCCCGGGAGCGAUCCUUCCCCAGAGGAAGGGCAGGUGCCGCGGGAGAAUUCCCCGCCAGCUGGGCUGCGGCAGUGCUGGGAGCGGGGAAUUUGCGCUCUCUCGGAGAGCUGCUGCCCUGCUUUCGGUGCUGAGCUCACCUGCAGCCUCCGGAUGCUCCGGAAGUCCCAGGGUGUUUCCCAGGCAGCCCGGCUGCCCUGGGCCAGGAGCAGCUCCCGCGCUCCGGCUGGCCCAGAGCCGUCACCUGCUUUUUUGGGAUCCUCGCUGCUGCCCUGCGAGAGCUGGCCUGGCAUACAGCGCACAGGCACUUGGCCCAAAGCCCUGGCACAGGGCGGAGGAAACCUGAGCAAGAGCAGUUCCAAGCAGGGGAACUCCUGCAAAAGCUCCCGGCUUUCUCAGGUACCGGCUCACCUUCCUGGGAUUUUAUUUCCUUGAUAGUUUCAGUCGAUCACCUGAGUCCCUGUGCAGCACUGCCUCCUCCCCCUAUCCAGUGGUUUCUCUUUCCCUUCCUUGUGGCUUUGGGCACUGUUUUUCCCCUCUGUAGGCUUAUGUCUUUCUUUUCCCACUUCCGUAGCUACGAACACCCACAUGUAUUAUCUCCUUCCCCCAUCCCAUGCUGAAGCCUAUUUAUAUAAAGCCCUUCUCCUGCCGAGCUUACAGGAGAGCCCUGGAGGAGUGGGAAGGGGCUGCUUGCUCCCGGAGCCCGACAUGCUUUUCUUUGAACACCGGCUCGCUGAACGAGGAUGUUUGCUGCUCUGGCUGCUCCCAUCUAUUCUCAAAGCCCAGUCUAGUGGGGAAGUGAGGCCCAAGCCUCUACCAUGCCAGCAGAGCCCCACGAAGGUGUCGUGCAAAGGUGCUGGCCUGCGCAGGUUUCCAAAGGAGCUCAGCCAAGGAGUUAAGUACCUUGAGCUCUCCAACAACUUCAUCCAAAACCUGUCAGAGAGCCGCAUGCCUCGGUUUGGGCAGCUUGAGUACCUGGACAUAUGCUUCAACCAGCUGGAGGCUGUGUCUGAAAUGACCCUGGCUCAGCUACCCCAUCUCCACUCUCUCCUCCUGGGAUCAAACCACCUCGAUCGCAAUUACCUCACUAAUGGGAGGGCCUUCAGGUUGCUCAGGAAUAUAGAGGUCCUGGAUCUGUCAGCAAAUAAUCUGGAGAGCCACAUGGCAGGCUGGUACUUCAGCAAUCUCACCACACUGAAAAAGCUGGAUCUGUCUGGGAACAAGAUGACAAGGCUGCCGGCAGGUAUCUUCUGGAGUACACCACAGCUGAGUGAGCUCAACCUCAGCAACAACUAUAUCAUGGAAAUAGAGGAGGGAGCUUUUGAGGCUCUGAGAGACCUGAAGGUGCUGAACUUAGCUUUGAAUUCCCUCCACUGUAUCUCUGGCUUCACUCUCACACAGCUGCGAGUUUUAAACCUCAGCCACAACGCCCUGGAGCUCUUCGUCUCGGAGGAGGGAGAGCGCUACCUGCUUCAAGUGCUAGACUUGAGCCAUAACAGACUUCUCUAUUUUCCAGAGCUCCCCAAAGCACAUUAUCUCACACACUUAAACCUCUCCAACAACGCUAUUACUUCUCUGGUCCCAAGGUCCCACCAUCCAGCAGAAUUUGUACUGCAAUAUGAUGAGAUGGCAAGGCUUAGUAAGUCCUUGAGUACCGUGGCUGGUCUGACCCAGGUAGCUGACUUAGAUCUCAGCAAUAACCAGCUGCAUCUGUUUCCAUUUACUUUUUUUCACAGUCUGAGCUCUCUGCACAAUCUCAGUGUGGCUAUGAAUUGUCUCCAGAAUAUAACCAAGGAGUCACUUACAGGUGACACAGAAAGUGACAACUCGCUUGUGCCUCAGGAGCAUGCGUUUCUGUCUGUACGCUCACUGGAUCUCCACGGCAAUUUCAUCCACUUAUUGCCACAUUGGUUUUUUGAUUUUCUGCCUGAUUUGGAAACAAUCGAUCUUGGUUCCAACAGCCUCCAACCUUGUGAGAGCCAGGAAAUCAAUAAAGGAGAGAUUUCAGGAGGGGGCUCUCGUGUGCAUGGGAUGCACCCAGGAGGUACCUGCACUGCAUUUUAUAACAUACCUAGCUUGAAGCAUCUGAGCCUUUGUAAGAAUAACAUUACAAGGCUGUAUCCCUACACGUUCAGCCAAACUCCUCUGAUCUCAUUAGAUCUGUCUGAGAACAAGGAUUUGUUCAUGCCCAAAGAAGCUCUGGAGGGGCUGGAAUUUUCCUUGCAGAAACUCUCUCUGAAAGGAAACCAAAUGCGUGAUGGCCAGACAGAAUUCCCCUGUCUGGACAUGCUGAAAGUUUUGGACCUAUCAGGCAAUAAUUUGAGCCUUCUUCCCACAGGCCUUUUCUGCUCCCCACUGGAAAGCCUGGACGUUCGCAGUAACAACCUGAUGGCCUUUGAAAAGCUGGCUCUCGCGAGCUGGUCCCACAGCCUCAAGCACGUGUCCGUUGCUGGAAACCCGUUUAACUGUUGCACGCUGGCCUGGCUGGAUGUGCUGCAGGCGACCAGCGUGAGCGUGCUGGACCUGAAUGAAACGCUCUGCUCCUACCGAGAUAAGACAAAGAACUUCUCGGUCAAGAUAACCAGCAGUCCUCGGUGGCUUUGUCCGCAUCCCAAAGGAAACAGCUCUCUGGCUGUGCUGGUGGUAGUGAUUAGCCUUUUGUUUUUCAGCUAUGGGGCUUACUGCCUUCUGAAGAAAGGACAGAAGUUGCCUGGGUGUUUGAGUUUCAGAAGCAAUAGGGUGGAUGUCAUGCCACCCCGUCCAGAAAGAGAAAAGACAGUUGAGGCGAGGCCAGCAGACAGCGUUACGAAAGUAUAGCCCAGUGCUGGGGAGGAGGAGCUGUAGCUAUUGGUCAGAACUCUAUUAAUAAUAAUUUGGCAAGGGAUGUCAAGGACAGCAAGAAGGGCUUCUUUAAAUGCAUCAGUAACAAAAGGAAGAUUAGGGAAAAUGUGGGCCCGCGACUGAAUGGGGCAGGGGCCUUGGUGACGAGGGAUGCAGAGAAGGCAGAGAUACUGGAUGCCUUCUUUGCUUCAGUCUUUACUGCUGAGACCAGCCCUCAGGAAUCCCAGACCCUGGAGACCAGGGAGGAAGUCUGGAGAAAGAAGGACUUUCCCUUGGUGGAGGAGGAUCAGGUUGGAGAUCGUUUAGGCAAACUUGACAUCCACAAGUCCAUGGGCCCUGAUGGGAUGCACCCAUGAGUGCUGAGGGAGUUGGCAGAUGUCAUUGCUAGGCUACUCUCCAUCAUCUUUGAAAGCACAUGGAGAACAGGAGAGGUGCCUGAGGACUGGAAGAAAGCAAAUGUCACUCCAGUCCUCAAAAAGGGCAAGAAGGAGGACCCAGGGAACUACAGGGCAGUCAGCCUCACCUUGAUCCCUGGAAAGGUGAUGCAACAGCUCAUCCUGGAUGCUGUCUCUAAGCAUGUGAAGGGUAAGGUGAUCAGGAGCAGUCAGCAUGGAUUUAUAAAGUGGAAAUCAUGCUUAGCCAAUCUGAUAGCCUUCUACAAUGGCAUUACUGGCUGGGUAGAUGAGGGCAGAGCGGUUCAUGUUGUCUGCCUUGACUUCAGCAAGGCUUUCAACACUGUCUCCCAUAGCAUCUUCAUAGGCAAGCCCAGGAGGUGUGGGUUAGGUGAGUGGACAGUGAGAUGGACUGAGAACUGGCUGAACGGCAGAGCUCAGAGGGUUGUGAUCAAUGGCACAAAGUCUGGUUGGAGGCCUGUAGCUAGCAGUGUCUCCCAGGGGUCAAUACCGGGUCCAGUAUUGUUCAACUUACUCAUCAGUGACCUGGAUGAAGGGACAGAGUGCCUCCUCAGCAAGUUUGCUGAUUAUACAGAACUGGGAGGAGAGGGUGAUACCCGAGAGGGCUGUGCUGCCAUUCAGAGGGACCUCGACAGGCUGGAGAUGGGCAGAAGGGAACCUCAUGAAGUUCAACCAAGGGAAGUGCAGGGUCCUGCAGCUAGGGAGGAAUAACCCCAUGCACCAGUACAGGCUGGGGCUGACCUGCUGGAAAGCAGCUCUGCAGAGAAGGACCUGGGGGGCCUGGAGGACAACAAGUGGACCGUGAGCCAGCAGUGUGCCCUUGUGGCAGAGAAGGCCAGUGGUAUCCUGUGGUGCAUUAGGAAGAGCAUUGCCAGCAGGUCAAGGGAGGUAGUCUUUCCCCUGUACUAAGUCCUGGUGAGGCCUGUGUACUGUGUCAGUGUUGGGCUCCCCAAGAGAGACAUGGAGCUACUGGAGCAAGUGCAGCAGAGGGCUACUAAGAUGAUGAAGGGACUGGAGCAGCUCUCAUGUGAGGAAAGGCUGAGAGAGCUGGGCAUGUUCAGCCUGGAGAAGAGAAGACUGACAGGGGAUCUCAUCAAGGCGUAUAGGUAGUAUCUGAAGGGAAGGUGUAGAGAGGAUGAGGCCAGUCUCUUCUCAGCAGCACCCAACGAUCGGACGAGAGGCAGUGGGCACAAACUGAACCACAGGAAGUUUCAUCUCAACGUGAGGAAAAACUUCUUUACUGUGAGGUGACUGAGCACAACCUGAGAGAGGUUGUGGAGUCUCCAUCCUUGGAGAUGCUCAGAAGCCAUCUGGACACCGUCCUGGGCAACGUGCUCUAGGUGACCCUGCUUGAGCAGGGGGGGUUGGACUAGCUGAUCUCCAGAGGUCCAUUCCAACCUCAGCCAUUCUGUGAUUCUGUAACUUUAAUAAUAAAAUUAUUGUAUUUUA